AUGGCGGGGCUGAGCUUGGGCUCCUGCGGUGGGGACUCGAAUUGGCUCUUCUUUGCCCUUUUGGCCAUCUUGGGCUCCGACCAUCUCUCCGACAGCUUCCUCGUAGCAGUGGCAGUAGCACUCUCCCUCUUCGUAGGGUUCCUCCUGACCUGGGCUUUCACCCCCGGCGGCGCCGCCUGGAGGCACGGCCGGACCCGCCUCGGCCGCACCGCCAUCCCCGGCCCCCGGGGGCUCCCCGUCCUCGGUAACUUGCUUGCACUCUCCUCUGGCCUCCCCCACCGCGCCCUCGCCGCCCUGGCCCGCGCCUCCUCCGGCGCCGGCGAGCAGCUCAUGGCCUUCUCCAUCGGCUCGACCCCUGCCGUCGUCUCCUCCGACCCCGCCGUCGCAAGGGAGAUCCUCUGCCAUGCGAGCUUCGCCGACCGCCCUCUCAAGCGCUCGGCCCGCGAGCUCAUGUUCGCCCGCGCCAUGGGUUUUGCCCCCGGCGGCGGCGCGCACUGGCGCCUCCUCCGCCGCGCCGCCGCCUCCCAUCUCUUCUGCCCGCGCCGCGUCGCCGCGCACGAGGCCGCCCGCCAGGCCGAUUGCGCCGCUCUUCUCAACGCCGUCGCGGCGGAACAGGAGGCCACCGGCGCCGUGCGGCUGCGCCGGCACCUGCAGGCGGCGGCUCUGAGCAACGUCAUGGGGACCGUGUUCGGCAAGCGCCAGCUCGCCGGCGAGGCCGCGGAGAUCGACUGCCUAGUGAGGGAGGGCUUUGAGCUCCUCGGCGCCUUCAACUGGUCCGACCACCUCCCCUGGCUCGGCGCCCUCUACGACCCCCACGGCGUUACCCAGCGCUGCGCCGCCGUCGUCCCCCGCGUACGGCGGCUCGUCCGCCGCCUCAUCGCCGGCCACCGGGCCGCCGCCGGCAGGGAAGAAGGAGGGAGCUCCGACGACUUCGUCGACGUGCUGCUGUCACUGCAAGCUAACCAGGAGCUCGACGAGGACGACAUGGUGGGCGUCCUGUGGGUACGUCACGAAAACCAGAUAGCUCGCCCUUCUUCUUCUCACUGCUAAGCUGACACUGCCUGGGUGGCAGGAGAUGGUGUUCCGUGGGACCGACACGACGGUGCUGCUGACGGAGUGGGCCAUGGCGGAGCUGGUGCGCCACCCGGGUGUCCAGGCCCGCCUCAGGACAGAGCUGGAAGGCGCCGCCGGGCCCGGCGGUGCCAUCUCCGACGCCGAGGCGGCGGCGCUGCCGUACCUGCAGGCGGUGAUCAAGGAGACCCUGCGGGCCCACCCGCCGGGCCCGCUGCUCUCCUGGGCCCGCCUCUCCACCGCCGACGUCCACCUCAGCAACGGGAUGGUGGUCCCAGAUGGGACCACUGCGAUGGUCAAUAUGUGGGCCAUCGCCCACGACCCGAGCCUCUGGGCUCAGCCAUGGGAGUUCCGCCCGGAGAGGUUCCUGCCGGCGGAGGGCGGCGCCGCCGUGGACGUCCGCGGCGGCGACCUCCGGCUGGCCCCUUUCGGCGCCGGCCGGCGGGUCUGCCCAGGGAGGGGACUGGCCAUGGCCACGGUGGCGCUCUGGGUCGCCCGCCUCGUCCACCGGUUCCAGUGGCUACCCGCCGACGGCCACCCCGUCUCCAUGGCCGAGGUCCUCAAGCUCUCGCUGGAGAUGGAGACACCCCUCGUCACAGCCGCCGUCCCUACAUCUUCUGCUGCUGCUGCCCUCUCUGUCUAG